AUGUCGGAUGAAUUGAGUAGCUCCGGAGAAGCUAAUUAUACCAAAAAGUUGAAGACGUCGAAAAAAAAAUAUUUGCACAAGUUUAGAACAGAAUGGUUAAGUAAUCCAGAUUAUUUUACUUGGUUAAGUUCGAGUCUAAAAGGUGAUAAAUUCUUCAAGUGUAAACUAUGUAAGAAUGACUAUUUAGGAGGGAUAUCAGCUGUUCAAAAACACUUUGCCUCUGAAAAACAUAAAGUUAUUGAAAAGUCAAUUAACAAUGUCAACAAAAUAAAUAAUGUUGCUGCUUAUAAAAACGCUGCUAAUUUAAUUAAAGACACUAAAAUAGCUGAGAUACGUCUUGCAAUGUUCAUUUCAGAGCACAAUAUAGCUUUGAGAACAUCAGACCAUCUCGUUUCCCUUUUUAAAUCCAUUUGCCCCGAAUCUAGUGUUGUCAAAAACCUCACAUGUAACCGUACUAAAGCGACUGCUAUAACAAAUAAUGUUAUUGGUAAGUAUGAAUUUGUAAAUCUCAUAGAGCGAAUGAAGACUCAAUCAUUUUCUAUAAUGAUUGAUGAAUCUACUGACAAAUCCAGCACAAAACAUUUGGCUGUAGUUUCGCGUAUGGUUCAGCAUUCAAACUUUGAAGUUAGAGAUGAGUUUGUUAAACUAAUUGAAGUUUCAAAUGCAAGUGCUAAAGGUGUGUAUGAUGCUAUUAUAAAUUUUUUCAAUGUACAUGAUAUUCCCUACAAACAUAACUUGGCUGGUUUUGCAUCUGAUGGGGCAAACGUUAUGUUUGGAAAUAAGCAUUCUGUUAAGUCCUUAUUAGAAGAAGAUGUACCUCAUUUAUUCGUCAUUAAAUGUCUUUGUCAUUCGUUGGCGUUAUGUGCUUCAUACGCGUGCGAAAAACUGCCUAAUGAUGUGGAAAAUCUUGUACAUGAAGUGUAUAAUUAUAUGAAAUAUAGUUCUAAAAGACAAAAACAUUUCCAAGAAUUUCAAGAGUUCUUGGAUAUGAAACCAAACAAACUAUUACAGCCAUCACAAACACGUUGGUUGGCACUUCAGGCUUGUGUUAAAAGAAUGGUUGAAAUGUAA